UGAACUCCCUGUGCAAACCGGACUCCGGAGAGCGUCACAGGAGACCAAGACCUAACGAGCGGUUUGGAAACCGUGCGAAAGGAUGCUGACUAUUAGAGUUAUUAUUAUUUUUAAUUCCGUGCCACGCUGAAGGCAUGCUGAUGGAUUAAAUGCAGCGUAAUAAUGAGGAGUGCGCGCGUUAACUUUGCCUCGCCGAACGUGUGGUUUAUAUAUUGAUUUUUUUUUUUCCUGAACCAGAGGACACCAGAUGGGAUACUGUAAAAGUUUAUCAUCUCUUCUCUAAGAUAAGAAUUGGAGCACCCAUAGUAAUGGAUGCAGUGCCAGAAUACUCCCUUUUCCUGGUACGGAUUCUGGAGGAACUAGACACCAAAUACAGCACCGUGUCCUAUCAGGAUCUGUGCAAGUCCUUGUGUGCCCGCUUUGACCUGGUCCACCUGGCAAAGCUAAGGAGCCUGCUGUUCUACACGGCAUGUCUGGACCCCAGUUUCCCUGCCACCUUAUUUAAAGACAAGAUGAGAUGUUCAGUAGAAGACCAGCAGUCCAAGAAGCUUAUGGUGGCGGCAGACAUUGUCACUAUGUUCAACCUCAUCCAAAUGAAUGGUGGUAUGGCCAAGGACAAGCUGCCAAUGAGUCACAGACCCAAAUUUCAUAAAAACCAAUCCUUCGAGUCCUGCAGAUCCGAUACGGAUGUCUACAAAUACAACGACUGCGAGAGGGCAUACAACCUCUCGGACAGAAGGUGCCACCACGUUUCACGGAACUCGCCGUGCCCAAAAUCUGACUGCAGCAGCUGCCAGGCGUUCAUGCCAAGCUCAGACCCCAACUUCCUCCUGGGGGUCACCAAGGAUCUGAAGUGUAGAGCAGCAUCGCUGGACAAGCUGCAGCACUUGCCUCAGUAUGCCAGAGCUAGCCCCCCUCCAUGUGAGAUGCAGAGCACCUACUUCCCCAUGGACAUUGACAGUGAGUCUACCACCGACCAGGACUCACUGCACAUCAACCCAGGUGGGAAGGACAUGUUCCUGCCCAACUCGGAGCCGUUCACUGUGCACUCAUGCGUGCAAAAGCGAAAUAUCUUUAAGGAGGACUUUCAUAACCUCGUUGCCUUCUCACCCCACGUGAUCUCAGCUGAGUCCAAGUCCGUUGCCAGGGAGGGGGGCGAUUACCACAGGAGGGAGUUGCAUAAGCCACCCACUUUCUUCAACCACAGCUUUGAGUUGCCAUACAGCAACCCUUACUACGAUCCUGUCAGCUCGCCCAUCCAGAGCAAAGGCAGAGUGAAGCAUGAGAGUCUAGAUGACUUGCAGGCAUCCACCUAUUUCGGGCCAACAACAGUCACAGAGUGCGUGAACACCAGGAGGACUUCUGGAAGACAGGGCAGACAGCAAGCUUGGCCUGUCAAGAGCCUAAGCCUCAAUGCAGAAGAAGGCCCUGACUUUGAAAGGUCCUUCUUGAACAGCAAAGUUCCAAAAGACAAUCACCGCCAUAACAUCAGCACCAUUGACAACAACCAACACUUUCAGUGUGCCAAAGAGAUGUCCACAGCCUCUCCCUCAGGCUUCUCCAAGAAGUCCAAUGGACCAAAAAUGAAGGAGAUGAAUUCUGUUGCAUGUGGCCCAAGUGUUGAAAAGAGAGAAGGAGGGAAGAGGUUCAAAGACAAGAGUAUCAACUGUCCUUCAAUCCAGGCUACUAACAUAGACAAUGGACUUAGUGUGGGGACACAGACAGAACAGGCUGAACAGAGGAAGCUGAAAGACUACAGCAUUCCCAGCAAGUAUGGGGAGAGGCCAUCUUUCAAACACUCAGAAGAGGACUGCGAGAUCAUAAGCGACGAUAUUAGUGACAUAUUUCGCUUCCUGGAUGAUAUGAGUGUUUGUGGUUCCAUUGGAAUCACCCAGUCAUCCUGCUACAAUAGUAAUGGCUCCCUCUCUCAGGUGACCAAGUCAGAUGGUGACAGCUCACCUGAAUGCAAUACGAUCAAACUGGGCAAGCCUGUCAUGAAGCUGGAUCGUCUCUUGAACUCUCUGGAGAACCCUGAUGAGGAGCUGAAAGCAAGCGUCAGCAAACUGGUGCUCAGGAUUGGUGAGAUUGAGAAGAAGCUUGAAUCUCUCUCGGGAGUGCGAGGGGAGAUUUCACAGGUCCUCUCAAAGCUCACUAGGUUGGAUGAGAAGAUCCAAGAGCCAGAGGCAAAUGGGAAACCCAGCGACGGCGGCCUGGUGCAGCCAAUCCAGACGGACACGAACCUCUCGCCCCACGUGUUUCAGUGCCACACCACUGGUCACAAUGUCAAAGUGGAAACGAACGCAGAGUGGGGUUGCUCGGACACCAGUGGCAGCGAGAGCCUCAGGGUGAAAGCCCUGAAGAAGAGCAUGUUCACCCGCAGGUCGUCAAGGUCGCUGACUGAAGAGAACAGUGCCACCGAAUCCAAAGUGGCCAGUAUCACCAACUCACCUCGAGACUGGAGGACAGUCUCCUAUUCUAGCCAUCCAGUGGAGGAGGUUAAAGAGAAGGACAGGCAUGGCGAAGGCAAGGACCGGCACAGGAAAGCCAAAGAGACAGAUCGGCAGUACGACCCUCACCAGGCUCAUCGUUCCUCCAAGGCUCCCAAGGACUCAUACCUGGUGGAGCAAGUCUUCAGCCCACACCACUUCCUUCCUUCAGCCAAGUCCCACAUGAAGGGCAGUCCCCUCUACACUGACCUGCGACUCACCGGCCUCUCCGAGGCCAAGCGACCACAACCCUCCUGGACCAUAGAGGAAUUCAAACGCAACUCAGGAGACAAGAGCAAACUCAGUGCGCUGGAGCUACAGACCCAGGAGUCACUCAACCCGAACAAUCUGGAGUAUUGGAUGGAGGACAUCUACACACCGGGCUACGAUUCGCUGCUGAAGCGCAAGGAGGCGGAGUUUCGCAGGGCCAAAGUGUGUAAGAUUGGUGCUCUGAUUGCGGCAGCGGCUUGCACUGUGAUACUGGUCAUCGUUGUGCCCAUUUGCACUAUGAAGUCCUGAGAUUUUUUUCUACGUUGCCACUGAAACACACAGCAUCUUGUUUUGUUGAGGCAAAGCUGGGGUUUGUGCCUAGAUUAGGCGCUUUUUGUGCAUAUAAUGGAACUUUCAGUAGUGAUUGUCCAUUCCAAGGACUCAUACGACCAGUGUUUGGUUUAAUCCAGGAGAAAGCAACUGGCUUUAAAGUGUAACAAUCUAACAAGAGUGUGAUGGAGUAAGUGCUACUAAUAGAAUUUACUACUGAAGAUUGGUGUUUCAGUUUUGUCUUUUUAAUUUCUAGUUGUUAAUAUUUGACUUAAAAAUUAUUUCUUAACAUAGAUGAGCACUUUUAUGGAGAA